AUGACCCACUCCAAAUGCCUGGCCACGGGGGCCCAGAUCGCCGCGUAUGCGGCCUUGAUGCCCCACAGCCCCGCUCCUAUUCAGGUGAUGUGCGGCCUCCAGGGGUCUCUCCUCUGCCAGGUGGUGCCUAAGGCAUCCUGGACAUUGCAGGACCUGCUGGAUGCAGUGAGCUUGGAGACCCAGAUCCCAGGCGAUGACUUCCGACUUGUCUGGGGCGGAGUUGCUUUGGCCCCUGGCCCUUUGCCCUUCAUGCUCCUCCGUAAGAGUGAUGUGCCGUUGAGCUUGACUCUCGUGAGGGUCAACCCCGCCUGGGUUGCGGCUUUGGAUCGGGUCCUCGCAUCGCUGGUGCCGGAGCUGCCAUCCUUCACAGCCCUCGUUGAGCAACCAGGGCAGAUCGACCUGGGAGGCGACGUGCGGGGCCGCUUCGCGGAGAACCGGGACCUGGCGCUGGCGGCCGUGCAGCACUCUGGGAGCUUCUUGAUGCAUUGCCCGGAGGAGCUGCUCCAAGACAAGGACGCUUGGGACGCGUUGGACUAG